GUUUCCUGGUUCCCUCCCCUGCAGAUCUGCAGCUAUAAGACGGGUCUGAACAACAUGAGCUGAACACAGAGCUGACAGUCUCCGUUCUCUGCACACCUGAUUUGUAGAUCAGAGCUAUUUUCACGUUUGAGGAAGUAAAACUGUCUCAGUCUCAGUUAUCGAGAGGAGAAAUGGCGCAGAAAGGAGUUCAGCUGGACCAGGAAAGCUUUUCUUGUUCGAUUUGUUUGGAGGUUUUAAAGGAUCCGGUGACUAUUCCCUGUGGACACAGUUACUGUAUGAACUGUAUUAACAACUUUUGGGAUGGAGAGGAGCAGAAGAAACUCCCCAGCUGUCCUCAGUGUAGACGGACUUUCACACAGAAACCUGAGCUGGUGAAAAGUACCAUGUUAGCAGCUUUAGCGGAGCAGAUGAAGAAGACUGGACUCCAAGCUGCUCCUGCUGAUCACUGCUAUGCUGGACCUGAAGAUGUGGCCUGUGAUUUCUGCUCUGGAAGAAAACUGAAAGCCGUCAAGUCCUGUUUAUUCUGUCUGGCCUCUUACUGCGAGAAUCACCUUCAACCUCAUCAUGAUGUGGCUCCAUUAAAGAAACACAAGCUGGUGGAUCCCUCCAAGAACCUGCAGGACAACAUCUGCCCCCGUCAUGACGAGGUGAUGAAGAUGUUCUGUCGUACUGAUCAGAAGUCUAUCUGUUAUCUCUGCUCUGUGGAUGAACAUAAAGGCCACGACACAGUCUCAGCUGCAGCAGAAAGGACUGAGAGGCAGAGAGAGAUGGAGGUGAGUCGACAACAAAUCCAGCAGGAGAUCCAGGACAGAGAGAAAGAUGUGAAGCUGCUUCAGCAGGAGGUGGAGGCCCUCAAUAAGUCUGCUGAUAAAACAGUGGAGGACAGUGAGGAGAUCUUCACUGAGCUGAUCUCUCUCAUCCAGAAAAGAAGCUCUGAUGUGAAGCAGCAGAUCAGAUCCCAGCAGCAAACUGAAGUGAGGAGAGUCAGAGAGCUUGAGGAGAAGCUGCAGCAGGAGAUCACUGACCUGAAGAGGAGAGACGCUGAGAUGAAGCAUCUGACAGACAUUGAGGACCACAACCAGUUCCUCCACAACUACCCCUCACUGUCACCACUCAGUGAGUCCACACACUCCUCCAGCAUCAGCAUCCGUCCUCUCAGAUACUUUCAGGAUGUGACAGCAGCUGUGUCAGAGGUCAGAGGUCAACUACAGGACAUCCUGAGAGACACAUGGACAAACAUCUCACUGACCAUCACUGAUGUGGAUGUUUUACUGUCAGAACCAGAACCAGAACUAGAACCAGAACCAGAACCAAAGAGCAGAGCUGAAUUCUUGAAAUAUUCAUGUGAAAUCACUCUGGAUCCAAACACAGCAGACACAGAUCUGUUACUGUCAGAGGAGAACAGAAAGGUGACUUAUAUGGACGAAGAUCAGUUUUAUUCUGAUCAUCCAGACAUAUUCACUACAUAUUCUCAGGUCCUGAGUAGAGAGAGUCUGACUGGACGUCAUUACUGGGAGGUGGAGAAGAAAGAAGGUGGAGUUGAUGUAGCAGUUUCCUACAAGAAUAUCAGCAGAUUAGGGGAUGAAAGUGCAUUUGGAGUAAAUGACAAAUCUUGGUCACUAUAUUGUUACUCAGACAGUUAUGUAUUUUGGUACAACAACAUCAGUUCCUCCAUCUCAGGUCCUCUGAGCUCCAGAAUAGGAGUUUACCUGGAUCACAGAGCAGGUGUUCUGUCCUUCUACAGCGUCUCUGAAACCAUGACCCUCCUCCACAGAGUCCAGACCUCCUUCACUCAGCCGCUCUACGCUGGAGUCGGGGUUCACAGUCCUGGAGACUCAGCUGAGUUCUGUAAACUCAAAUGAACUUGUUUCCUCUUUAUGUUUUUAUCUCAGUUUUUAUUGAUUUUCUUUUCUUCUCAGAGAUGAACGUCUCAAACUCUGAUGGAUGGAGGGACAUUUUUGUUGAAGUUGAUGUUUUGUUGUUAUUUCCUGUUUUGGAGGUGGAAGUCGUUGUUUUGUAGUUUCACCUGGGAAUUAUUCAUGUUAUUAACAUCUUCUAUUUCAGUAUAAAAACACAGAUAUUAGCCUGUCUUGUAAUUGUUGUUAACUGUUAAUUGGAUGUGUUUCUAUGUUGUAUUUCUCUUUUCUUCCACUUCAUGGACUCAAACAAAGUGUUUUCUUCAGUUUUCAUUCUAGGAUUUGACUCAGAUCUGAGGGAGAAAACAUGAAUCUAAUAUUCAAGUAAAACUGAAGCAGUUUUCCUCCUGAAACAUCCCAAAGUCCAGAGUCCAUGUUCACAACAGAUCAUAUUUCUGGAUUUAAAUGUGUCUUUACUGGUUUUACUGCUCUUGUUCUGGCCAGACUUCACUCAAAAAAGAGGCCUGAAACCUCCACAGUCCUGUUUUCCUGACCUCCACUCUCCAGCGGUGCAGUGUCAGGUUUUCCUUCAGCAUUCAUCCAGACAGACUUCUGUUCACAUUUGAUCAUCUACAAUAUUUAUGUUUUACUUCUUCUUUUAGUGUUUCUGCUCUUUCUGUAACUUUCUGUCCUGAACAUUGUAUCCUGGUUCACGUCUGCAACCUCAGGACCUGGAAACAGUGAAGAUCAGGAGUCUGGGGAGUGACGUCACACCGCCCCCUACAGGAAGAUGAUUGCAUGACACGUAAAGAGGUUUUUAAAGAGGAAAGAAGUCACGUGUUUAAACACUUUUCCUCCAGUCUGGGUUUCAUGUUGUAUUUGUUGAAUCAUGAAAAUCCCCCAAAAUGUCUCAUCAUUUGAAAUUUAGGAAAAGGUUUUUGAGGUAAAGGAUGUUUUUAAAAACUUUUGUUGUUGCUGGAUAUGAAAGUUAAUAUUAUUAGGGAUGCAGAAUGUAAAAUAAUUGAAUGCUACUAUGUUUAAACACUUAAAAUAAAAUGAUUACUCAAUAGUUUACCUGUCUGACA